CACCCUCUGGAGUGCCUCCUUCUCAGCCACAGUGCAGCCAGCAUACCACACCAUGAGGCAGGAAGUCAGGAUGCUCUCCACCACACAGCUGUAAAAGGACCCGAGGAUGUCAGCCCCCAGUCCUGCCCUCUUCAGUUUCCUCAGGAAGUAGAGGCUCUGGUAGGCUUUCUUUAUGACGGCCGUGGUAUCGGUGCACCAGGUAAGCGUGUUGGUCAGGUGUACUCUGAGGUACCUGAAGGAGGGAACCAUCUCCACAGCUGCUCCAUUGAUGUGGUGGGGUGCCAGUCUUAAAUGAACAUUUGGAUCGGCCAAUUUCAAACUAAGCUGAAAUGAUUAUGUUGGACGGGCUGAGCGUAUGGAGGUGUGUGAGAGUAGUGUAAUGGAGCCAGGGGCCCCAGGGAGCUCCACCAUAGAGCCAGGGCUGAAGAGGCUCUCCUUUGCAUACCAGAGCCUCCUGGAGAUUCCUUAUGAUGCCAUUCUCAAACAGCAGGACACACUAGAGGUCUUGGACCUCAGUUAUAACCUGCUGGAUGACCCAGCUCUUCUGGGGGAGCUGGACAAGUUGAGCACUCUCAUCCUGGAUGGCAACAACUACAGCGCACAUGUCAAAUUCCCCUACAUAGCAAGUCUCACCACACUGUGGAUCAACAAGAACAAAAUAAGCAACCUUCCCAUCAUAGUCGAGGAGAUACGCUGCAAAUUCCCUAAUAUCAAGAUACUUAGCAUGAUGAACAAUGAGGCAGCACCCAGUUACUUUAAUGGAGGCAGUCUGACUCAGUACAUUGAUUACAGGCAAUAUGUUAUCAGCCAGAUCCCCAGUUUGGAGGUGCUGGAUGACACAGAGGUGCAGGAGAAAGAGAGAACACAGGCCAGGAAGACUUACAGGAUGCAGAAGUGCAGAGAUGGCAGUAAAAGGAGGAAGGAGCUCCAUCACUGAUGGUUGCGUUGUCCGUCUGAUGUUACUGAGCUCCACGCCAAGCUUGACCUGUUCCUUUACUGUUGCUAAGAACUAUAGACUACCCAUGCAAAUGAAAGUGAACUUGCUCACAGCUGCAUGAUGGUGAUAUGAACUGACCUGAAAUCCAGACAGAUACAAAUGCAUGAUAACUGUUGUUGCUUUUACACUUGCACCAGCUUUCUUUUUCUUUUCUUUUUUUUAAACAAAUGUUGAACAAUAUGAACAAGUACUGGAGUAUAUGAGGUUAGA